CUCAUCUUGCUGAUCCCUUUCCUUUCACUCCAGCCACCUCUAUCAGCCGAUUCAUCUCUCCUCUGCCACGCAAGAUGCCAACACUCAACAAGAACAACGCCGCCGUCAAGCGAAUCAUGCAAGAAGCCAAAGAGCUCGCCAAUGAUCCAUGUACAGACUAUUCUGCAGCACCUCUCGAGGACGAUAUCUUCGAGUGGCACUGUACCCUUCGCGGACCAGCCGGCACUGAAUUCGAGGGCGGAAUCUACCACUUCCGUAUCAUGCUCCCUGCAGAAUACCCCUUUCGACCGCCCUCAAUCAUGCUCCUCACCCCCAAUGGCCGCUUUGAACUGAACACCAAGAUAUGCAUCAGCUUCACAAGUUAUCACGAAGAAGAGUGGCAGCCGGCUUGGGGCGUUAGAACAGCAAUCAUUGGUCUACAAGGUUUUUUCCCUCUCAAAGGCCAAGCAGCGGCUGGCGUGGGUUCAGUUGAAUACCCCAUGUCCGAACGGAAACGCUUGGCUCAAUUAUCGCGGGAUUGGAAGUGUCCCAAGUGUCAACAGACCAAUUUGGAAUGUCUGCCCGACCCUCACACCGCUCCGACGGACAAAACUGGGGAUGCGAUCCAGUCUACUGAAGACAACGUCGCUGUCAACGAGGAGGCACCCGGGCGUGCGGGGACUGCCCCUGAGGCUUCCGACGCGCCGAGAACAAUAACCAAUUCGGCGAUCGGAACGGUGGCGGACAGAGACAAUCUUGUACCUGUCGGGGAAGUGGAGACAGCGGAAGAUCGGAAAGAGAGCAAUCAAUCGCAGGUGGAUGGAAGUUCCGCCCCGAUGUUGGUAGAGAAUGCCAUCCGGGGAGGAGUCGUCCGUGCUGCGGAUAGAGGUUCAUCGCGGCCCACCCUGCUGCUUGACACAGCGAUAUGUGUCCUGCUGGCUCUCGUUCUCGGACUUGUGUGCCGAAGGAUGCUCUGACUAGGAUUGGAAGGACUUUGGAUAUGUCUCUUUCCCCCUAUUUAGACAUGCGUGUGUAUCUAGAAUUAUGUAUAAUACCUCAUGGGCUGCGUCGAUAAGUGAGACUAUCGCGAUAUCUAAUGUUACUGUAUGUUGCUGUAAGGAC